AGAUCUCUAUAAUGUUGGGCUGAGCAAGGCUCAGGGCUGAACCGCUGUGCCGCGAAAUAAAAUUCCAUGCACUCUAUAAGUGGAUCUCUAUAGGCCCUUAAAGAUCGUUUGAUAGGGCGCAGGGUUCGUGUUUGAACUUGGCGUUAGCACGACGUUACAUGGUCAAUCCUAAGUACAAUUCUUGGCCUGGUCUAGUUAGGAAGCUUAGGACCCUGUUUCUGGUUGGCCGAGAUUAACAUCUCACGAUCCUCGUCGGAUAUGCUUAUAUGGAAUAGGACCUUCGGAUCUUCCUUUGACUUUCCUGUCCGGUUCGAGUAUAAAAGGACUGGGUCGUCUUGUAUAAUAUUCACGAUGGCAUCAUACCUCAUCAACAGCGACCUCCCGAUCCCUUGAAUACUAUACCUCGCAUAUCCACUCUCACAUAACUUCGAAAAUGCGUCCUAGCCUCAUAACGCUCUCGGCAGCCGCCACCGUCGCAGCUCUGCCCAACAUCACCGUGGUUCCAAAGGAAAACAGAUGCAGCAACUGGCCGUUUUUCCGCCAGUAUGAGAGUGUUGCCGGGCCAUUCGCCAUCUUCGCUGACUCAACCGGCAAGGACAUUGACGGAAACAAAGCCAGCUACCAAACUACCAAAGAAGUCACUAUCGCUUCGGCUUGGCUCAGCAUCGCCAACCAAAAAGACGUAGCAGUGCCUCGAAUACAAUGCCAGGUAUUCGGCAGCGCAGAAAUGCUCGCCAUGAGCGUAGACAGCCAAUACCAGCCAUUGAGCAUUUCAGAGUACAUCUACCACGAGUACGACGGCCUAAUCUUCAUCAAAAGCGUAGCAAAGGGUGCGCCAAUCGAGCCGCACUGGCAUUAUUACCCUAAUGGAACGCGACAAGCCGGGACGUUUCUAGGAUGGAACAACUUCACGACCUGGGCGUACUUGCUUGAUGAAACAUCUGGCCAGUAUCGGGUUAGACUUUUGACGGAUUCUCAGACUCUUUACGAUGGGGAAUUCACUGGUUUCGUGCGAGCCGGAGACCCUAGCACGUCCGACUAAGAGUACCAAUGAAAAUGGUCCUUUUAAGCGACAUGGAUGAUAUGAAAUGAGAAAUAAUUUAAUGUCUAAUGAAGACUCAUUUGUUUAAGCUGGUCUAGCUUAGAUUUGGAGUAGUUAAUGAAAGACAAUAUCAGCAAGAGACAUUUUUUUGGUAAAUGAAGUUGGACUUACUGUUGAUGAUGCGAUGUAGUGGUACUAGCCUCAAGUCUUCGUUCUAUAAUUUUCAAAAAUCCUUCCAGUGCAGCGUAGAAGGUAAUUACCUAAACACCUACAUAGGUAGGUAGUAGGCGAACA